AUGAAGCAAGGGAACUUUUUGCUUUUUGUUUUGUCGUUUUUUGCCGGAGCGUUUGGGAGAUUUAUAGACUACCCACUUUCCGUUAACUUCGGACCCGAAAUCGGCGACUUUUUCCGAUCCAAAAAUCCGGCUCCGCCAGAAUCCCUUUCUCAAGCCGGCAAGAAAAGCCGCCCGGAAUUCGACUCGAAAAGAAACUUUGCCAUUCCAAUUGCCGAUCUCCAGAAUUACGAGUCGAAAAAAGUGCUCAACGCGUUUUCCCGACUCCAGGACAAUCCCUUCUUUAUGGACUGGCUCUCCAACCGCGAUCUUCGAAUUAACCCGAAUGAGACGAAAUACAAGCUUGGAAAACUCCUCACUUCAAGAAUUUAG